GUGCUGGCGGAGGAGGCGGCGCGCGUGGGGCGGCCGGGCGGCGGCGGGGCCCGCGCCGUCAUGCCAUGGCUGAGCGGCGGCCGGCGGCGGCGGCGGGGACAGCCGCGCGAAGCCCCGCGGGAGCCGCCUCAGCCCGCGCAGCCCCCGCGGGAGCCGCCGCCGCCCGCGCCCCCCGCCGCGGCCCCCGCGCCCCCCGCGCCCUCCGCGCCGGCACCCCCGCGGGCCCGGGAGAGCGCCGAGCUGCCGCUGCCCGCCGGCUGGGAGGAGGCGCGCGACUACGACGGCCGCGUCUUCUACAUCGACCACAACACGCGCCAGACGUCGUGGAUCGACCCCCGCGACCGGAUAACAAAGCCAUUGACCUUUGCCGAUUGUGUUGGGGAUGAACUUCCUUUAGGAUGGGAAACUGUAUAUGAUAAACAAAUUGGAAUUUAUUACAUGGACCACAUAAAUAAGCUUACCCAGAUUGAGGAUCCCAGAGAACAGUGGCGGCGGGAGCAGGAACGGAUGCUGAAGGAGUAUUUAAUUGUAGCCCAGGAGGCCCUCAAUGCCAAGAAAGAAAUCUACCAGAUUAAGCAGCAGCGUUUCGAGCUGGCCCAGGAGGAAUACCAGCAGCUGCACAAGAUGUGCGAGGACGACGGCCGCUCGUACACCAGCUCCUUCUUUGGAUAUUCAACAAAUACAAAGUACGACCCAUACCAAAUUAAAGCAGAAAUAGCAAGUCGUCGGGAUAGGCUUUCCAGAUUAAAGCGAGAGCUGACCCAGAUGAAGCAAGAACUGCAGUACAAAGAAAAGGGGGUGGAGACCCUGCAAGAGAUUGAUCGUAAGAUGUCAAGUGCUCACACCAACUACAAACUGGAUGAGGCGCAGGCUAUAAUGAGCGAGCUCAGGACCAUCAAGAAAGCCAUUUGUACAGGCGAGAAGGAGAGGCGGGACCUGAUGCAAAGCCUGGCCAAGCUGACCGAUGGCUUCAGGAAUAGCUGUUCUCUUACCGACCCUCUGCAAGAGUUCCCUCCCAGUGCAGGCGCGCUGGGCGAGUCUUUACCUCACCAGUUCUGCGAUGCUGGGUCUCAGACCGAGGUCAUCGGCGAGUUCGUCUUUGAUGAUAAAACAAGGCUUGUGGACCGAGUCAGGCUUAACUGGCAGUAUGAGGAAGCCAGAAAGAGAGUCUCAAAUAUCCAGCAGCAGCUGGCCCAGUUUGAGAGCGAGUCCUGGCCGGGCAUGGCCGAGGCCGACAGGGACCGGCUGCAGCUCAUCAAGGAGAAGGAGGCCCUGCUUCAGGAGCUGCAGCUCAUCAUUCAGCAGAGGAGGCCGGCGGAGGACGUGGCGCGGCUGGAGGAGGAGCGGCGGCGCCUGGAGGAGGAGAUCCAGCGCUCCCGGGCCACGUCCGUGCAGGGCGCCACGGAAAGGAUUCUACUUCAGGAAAAAAGAAACUGUCUCCUGAUGCAGCUGGAAGAAGCCACCCGCCUAACGUCCUAUCUCCAGUCCCAGUUACAAAGCCUGUCCGCCAGCACCCUGACCGUCUCCUCGGGGAGCAGCCGCGGCUCCCUGGCCUCCAGCCGCGGCUCCCUGGCCUCCAGCCGCGGCUCCCUGAGCUCCGUCAGCUUCACCGACAUCUACGGCCUCCCGCAGUACGAGAAGCCCGACGCCGAGGGCGGCCCGCUCCUGCGCUUCGACCUCGUCUCCUUCGACUCUCUGGGCCGGGACGCCCCCUUGGCGGACGCCCCGGGCCCCGCGGGCCUGCACAAACAGAGGCGCUCCCUGGACACGCCGCAGUCCCUGGCGUCCCUGUCCUCGCGCUCCUCCCUGUCCUCGCUGUCCCCGCCCAGCUCGCCCUUGGACACGCCCUUCCUCCCGGCCUCGCGAGACUCGCCCCUGGCCCAGCUCGGGGACGCCUUCGAGGUGGCGGGCCUGGGCGCCCUGGACAGGCUGCGCGCUCAGGCCUCCGCCUUGGGGGACGAAAACCCGCCGGGCGCGGCGUCCCUGCCGCCGCACGGGUGCCCCGGGGACGGGGAAGGACCUCGCGAGCGAGGACCCCACGCGGCUGCCGCUCCCACGGCUGCACCAGUGACCCCCCGAGAAGACAGCGCCCAGAGGCUGGAGCGGAGAGUGCGCUGCGUGUCUGCCUGCCUGUCCGAUUACUCGCUGGCCAGCGACAGUGGCGUGUUUGAACCUCCCACCAAAAGGAGUGAGGACGCCGACGAGCCUGUGCCUGGAGACGCUUGCGGUACCGAGGGGCCCCAGAUCCAUGUUGGAUUCUUGCACGACAGUGCCAGCGAGUGCCUCCUCGUGAACGUGCUCCAACUGAAGAACUUUGCCGGGCUGGUGGUGAAGGAAGACUGCAAAAUACACAUCCGCGUCUAUUUGCCCCCGCUUGACUCCGGCACGCCAAACACUUACUGCUCUAAGGCUCUGGAAUUGCAAGCCCCCCUGAUAUUUAAUGAAGUUUUCAGAAUCCCUGUGCAUUCAAGCAUGGUGACGUUGAAGUCCCUUCAGUUAUACGUGUGCUCAGUGAAUCCGCAGCUGCAGGAAGAACUGCUGGGCAUUGCUCAGAUUAACUUGGCUGAUUACGAUGGUUCGAGCGAGAUGCAGCUGCGCUGGUACUCGGUGCAGGUGUUCACUGGCCCCGAGCCGCCCCGGCGGGAGGACGAGCGGCUGGGACACAGCGACUUCCGGGACCCUGCACCCACCACGUCUGGAAAGACAGACGCGGUGACGGUGCUGCUGGCGAGAACCACGGCCCAGCUGCAGGCGGUGGAGAGAGAGCUGGCCGAGGAGCGGGUGAAGCUGGAGUACACGGAGGAGGAGAUCUUGGAGAUGGAGCGCAAGGAGGAGCAGGCCGAGGCCGUGUCCGAGAGGAGUUGGCAAGCCGACUCGGUGGAUAGUGGCUGUAGCAGCUGCGCCCAGACCAGCCCCCCGCACCCAGAGCCCUGCUGCGUUGCUGUCAGCUCCAUCCACGGACACACGUUUGCUGGCCAGGCAGACCCUUACGGCCCCGAGGAACUUCAGCCCCCACCUCUGAAGGUUGAUAAGGAAACCAACACAGAAGAUCUCUUCCCGGAAGAGGUGGCGAGUCUGCCGAAGGAGAGGCCUGGCCGCAGGGCCCGCGGCUCGCCCUUCACGCGGAGCAGCACCAUUGUGCGUUCCCAGACUUUCUCGCCCGGAGCACGAAGCCAGUACGUCUGCAGACUUUAUCGCAGUGACAGCGACAGUUCAACGCUGCCCCGGAAGUCCCCCUUUGUCCGAAACACUUUGGAAAGACGAACCCUUCGCUAUAAGCAGCCCUGCAGGUCCUCCCUGGCGGCGCUGGCGGCGCGCACGUCCCUGGACCUGGAGCUGGACCUCCAGGCGUCGCGGACGCGGCAGCGGCAGCUGAACGAGGAGCUGUGCGCCCUGCGCGAGCUGCGCCAGCGCCUGGAGGACGCCCAGCUCCGCGGCCACGCCGAGCCCCCGGCCUGGCUGCUGCGCGACGAGCGCUUCCGGAGCCUGCUGCGGGAGGCCGAGAGGCAGACGAGACAGACCAAACUUGACUUCCAUCAAGAACAGGCAGCUGAGAAGAUGCUGAAGAAGGCCUCCAAAGGGGUGUGCCAGCUGCGCGUGCAGAACCUCAAAGAGCCCAUCCAAGUGCAGGCGUUCAGGUGGGGAGAAGCCCAGGCCUCACUCUCCCGCUUGCUUUCUACUGUCAUACCUUUGUCAUUAUAAAGAGUAAAGGAGAAGAUAGCAUUUUUUACAAGACCAAGGAUUAACGUACCUCCUCUGCCCGCCGACGAUGUUUGAUGUAGUGCUUUGUACACAUGAAGUAUUUAUCUGCCUGUUUUAUUUUCAUGAAGUUCUUAGACUAGCUAAAUUUGUCUUUAAAAUAUUUGUGCAAAGCUAUUAAUAUACACAUUUUGUAAAAAAUAAAUAAAAACAAAACACAUAUAUCUAUACAUAUAUAUUUUAUAAUAGUGACGGCAACAGGGCUUGGUUUUUCCUUGUUGUGAAAUUGACAUCUCUGAAGACAGGUUAUUUUAUAAGAGAUCAAUUAUCAUGUUAAGAGUGUACAGUUUUUACGCUGUUUUAUUUGACUUAAAGGCUGGAAGACAGAAACGAAGUGAGUUCAGGCAAAUUCACUGUAUUGUAAUUUAUUUAUAGUACUUUUUUUUUCCUUGAAGGAAAAUACUGACUUUAAGAUGUAUUUUAAGACUGAAAUUUUGUUCUUCAGUAUUUGCCAUGCGGUAGAAUGGAUCUUUGGGGCCGGUUUUGUGUCUGACGUCGGAAACGCAAACACUGUGUGCUGAACUCGUCACUCGCCCCGUCUCUCCUGUGUGCAUUGAUCAUGUAUAUUGCACACUUUCGCACCCGUUGUGUGCUGUUAAGAUGCCGCCUUAGGGGCUCAGUCCUAAGUCAGUGUGGGGUGCGCGUUGCGGAGCUCGGUCUCCCGCGCGGGCUGGGCACCCAGAGCCCCUGGUUUCCGUGCCCACCCCGGGUCUGAGGCCGGUCACGGAGCCCCCGGCAGCGGCAGCCGCACAGCCCACCCUCACCCGGCCACAGCAGCCCAGCCUGCCUUUCCGGCCCGCCCCAUCUGAUCCUGACCGACAGGGAGGGCGGUGGUGGAGCUUCUGCUCUGCUGCUCUGCCCUGCAGGAAAGUGAAAAGAGAAGAAGGAAGGUGCGUUUUCACUGAGUCACUGGAUCCGCUGAUGCAUAGAGCAGUCACGACAUGGACACGAUAACCUUUGAAGGCGCUUUUUUGAGGAAGCCAGCUUCCGUGGGAGCUACAAGUACCCAGCGAGUCACUCACAGGAGAGCAUGUGCUUUCGAUCAGAGGCCCUCGCCCCAUACUGGAGUCUUCCCAACAUUUCUUAAGAAAUCUUAGAACUAGCUCAUGAGGAAAAAAUUCUUUACGUAAUAAAACUAUACCAUCCUUUUAAAACGCCAGGUGGUAUAUAGUUCGCCUAAUACGUAUUUAUUAUAUAUGAAAUGCACUCUCCUUCAUGAGGCCUCGGAGAAGUAAAUGAGGUGAGUCACACAAAAUGUAAGAGAAAACGGAACCCUCCUCCUGGGUCUUUCUGCCCCUCCCUUGAAAGUGCCCCUCCCCCCUUAAUCAGCAGCAUCUCUCUUCUCAUUCGUCUGUAAGCACUCCCUUGUAUAACCCACCUUCCUUUUCACAUUUAUUAAAAAUGAAUUUUGUAAAAGCAUUUCAUUGACAUGUGACCUAUCACGGACAGUGAAGUUGUCAGUGGUGGUAAGGCUGAAAACUCUGUGCUUUUUCACACUUGUCACUUGUUGCUGUGUAUUUCUGCCUCUAGUCUCGGUUUUGUUUUUCUUUUUUCUUUUGCUAAUUUUCCUGCAUACAUACCCACAACAGAGGUAGAGAGACAAAACACAUGAGUGCUUGCCAGAAGUGCCCCCCAGGAGACAGCGUUGCUGCACGGGUCAGGUUGGUGGCAGGCCCUCUCUGUCCCCAGCGGUUGAAACUUCUGACUGACGGAUUGGCUGCCGCUGGACUCGGGGGUGUGUGGAGAGCAAGUCAUACGCCUCUGAGGUGCGGGGCUGCCCAGACGUGGGAGAGCCCCGGCUGCGUUGCCUGGCCUCUGUUCAGACACUGCCACUUGAGGCUCUAAGUGGGUGGAAGGGUUGCGGUAGCUUUCCUGCUAACCCCUACAAAGUAGCAACGCGGGGAGACGCACUGUGCCAAUACAGAAAGCCCGCAAGGGUUUGCAAAUGUCACUGCCCAGUAGACACAGGUUUCUGUUUGGAAUGCUUCCCCACCCCAGAGUUAAAAAAGAAAAGAAAAGAAAAGAAAUCCCUCCUCUGCCCCACCGGAAACAAAUGCAGCCCCAGCUUUGCUGUCAGUUCCAGGAGCGCUGGGUCCUGCGCCGCCGUUCCCCCGUGCUGCUCCCGCCUCCCUCCUGUGUCUGUCUGCUUUCGCACCUGAAUGGGACCAUAGUCAGAAAGGAAGGAAAAGCCAGGCAGAUGAAGGACGGGGAGGUGACGGGCUCCGUGCUGCUCGCAGGCUGUGCUGGAAGUGGCACACGGACAGCGUCAGAGCCCAGCCCGGGAGGCAGGACACGACGCACCCUAAUUGGCUUCUCUUUCGUGAUUUGACUGUGCAGCUUCCGACUAGUUAAGACUCCCACCCCCUGGAAGAUAUCCCACAUGUCCGAAAAGUGAAGUCCUAUCGUCUUAAGGGGUAUUUUCUUAUGUUUAAGUUUGCCCAUAAUCGUGCCUUGGACAAUCCAAAGUCUGCCACCAGGGUCCUUUAGAAACAGUGUGAUGAGUAAAAGGGAAUUCGGUCUUCACUUCAUCUGGUCAUGUAAUUGUCACCACGGAAAUAAGUAACCUUCUGUUGUGGGAAUAAGUUAUAAUCAGUAUUCAUCUCUAUUUUUGUCACUGUUCUAAUUGUGUCAUUUGUAUUGUUUGAAAGUAUUUCUUCUACAAAAUUAAACUAACCUGCCUUAAGAACAGAA